AUGAGCGCUACAGCUGCGGCGUGGGCUUUGAUCGCUCGGUGCAGUGACGCAGUAUGACCGGCAGGGGGAGCGCUUGGAUACACACAGCUGAUUCCCGGCCCUGCAGGCACAUUCGGGCACUGGCUGCAGCCCGGUAGGAUCGAAGGGCCGGUAGCUUCCAGAUGUGAGCGGCACCGGGUGGGAUUCUGGGUUACCUAGGUUACCUUGGCCCGGGCUGUGCCAUCCACACAGGAGGGGGGACUGGUUAUCCGGUGAGACAGAAGUUUUCUGGGUCAAACCACUGCAGCGAUGUCGUUCAGCCCCUGGCAAGUGCUGUCACCGGUGCAGUGGGCAAAGUGGACCUGGUCCGCGGUACGGGGAGGCGGAGGGGGGCCGGAGGGAGAGGAGGACCCGUCCCAGGAGUCUGGCUCAGAUUCCGAGGGCAACUUCGACACACCUGAGGCGGCUACUCCAGUCCCAUCGCCUGUAAAGGAGCCAGUUCCAGAUCUUAAGGACGAUAUCACUCACCUCGUAUCAGAAUUAUCAGUGAAGGACAAUAACAAUACCUGUGAUGAUGGCCAUGAUACAAAGUCGGAACCAGGGCAAAGGAGCCAUUUUGAGCCACAAACCGUUAAGUGUCACUUGGAUUUUGAUAGCUUUUCCGAUGGACCAGAAAUAAAUGGCAAUGAUGGCCCUACAGAGGUCAACAGUGUCCCAGAUAACUCUAUAAAUAAUAUAAUUGAUCGGAAAGCUGAAGAAUCAUCAGUGGAUGCACUGGUUUUGAUGGACAAUGAACAUAAAUUGAAGGAUGGGAAGCCUCAAUCACUGACUGACUCACUCCUAGAAGACAUCAAGAACUCCAACUGCUACACAGAAGACUUGAAUAGUAAUGCGCUACAGGGCAGUGCCAUUGUAUCUGAUGAAGUUUUUGGUACAGAAGGGACGCAAGAGGACAACAAAGAACCUUCUCAUGAAAGGACAGAUGAUGCCAGGGAAGCAUCUGAAAGUGACACAAAGAAAGAUCUGCCACGGAAAAACAGGAAACCAGGCAGCAGACUUCCAUCCAGGAUACAAAAGGAGAGUGCCAACAGAACCUCCAACUCGGAGUGCCAUUCUUCAGCACCAGAUCUAGAUAAUGUCCCUCUACCCAAAUCUUCAUAUAACUUUGACCCAAGUCACUUUGAUGACCCUGAUUUUAACCCAUUUGGUGGCAAGGCCACCCUGCCUCCUUCCCCUACUCUUCCUAAGGGAUCUUACAAGUUUGACGAGGAGACUGGUGAUGAAUUAACGCCUUCGAAAUCCUCAUCAGGUCUCAGCGAAUCUGACUCAAGGAUAGAAUCUGGAAGUGCCAAUUCUUCACCGAAGGCGUCGAGAUCGCGUCUUAUCACGACUUCUGAGCAAGUGCAAUUUCUCUGUUCUUUGUUGAACAGCUGCAAAGUGCAGAAUUACGAAGGCUCAUCGCUCGUUCUUGAUACUUGUGCACAGGAGGAUGAUGCUCCGGCCAGCAUCGAGAAGAGGCAGGGUCACGCCACAGAUGAAGAAAAGCUGGCAUCAGUUCCUGGGCACAAGAGCCAGCCUGAAGAAGAGCAGGAGUUUUUCGAGUGCACCAGUGACAGCAGUUUAGGAAAGCAGCCACUGGUAGAACAGCCAGCACCCGCGAGGCCCAGCCCGCUCAUCUGUGGGGCUGGAAGGCACGGUGCUCUAGAUGGCAUCUGUCUGAGUGAGUGUGACCGGGCAGCAAUACUAACCCUGAUCAGGGAGGAGAUUAUUACGAAGGAAACUGAAGUGAAAGACUGGCAGACAAAAUAUGAUGAGAGUCACAGGGAGGUUUUGGAAAUGAGGAAAAUCGUUGCAGAGUAUGAAAAAACCAUUGCACAGAUGAUUGAGGAUGAACAUAGAAGCAAAAUGGCCUCCCAGAAGAGCCUCCAGCAACUGACUAAAGAGAAGGAUCAAGCCAUUUCUGAUCUGAACUCAGUGGAGCGAUCUCUCUCAGACCUCUUCAGGCGAUAUGAGAACCUCAAAGGUGUCUUAGAAGGCUUCAAAAAGAAUGAAGAAGUUCUCAAAAAAUGUGCCCAGGAUUAUCUGUCUCGGGUAAAGCAGGAGGAACAGAGAUACCAGGCUCUGAAACUGCAUGCUGAGGAGAAGCUGAACAAAGCCAAUGAAGAAAUUGCUCAGGUGCGAACAAAGGCGAAAGCAGAAAGUGCAGCCCUUAAUGCAGGACUGAGGAAGGAGCAGAUGAAGGUAGAAUCACUGGAGAGAGCAUUGCAGCAAAAGAACCAGGAGAUUGAAGAGCUGACGAAGAUCUGUGAUGAACUGAUUGCAAAGAUGGGACGGAGUGAAUAAAGGAAUGACCCCCAUCCCUAAUCCUCUCUGCUGGCCAGACACAGCAUGGGAUAGGCCCCAAUCCUUGUCACUUGUAAAGACAAUAAAAACCUCCAGUUCUCAGAUAUUCCUUCUAAAUGCGUAAUGCCAUCUGAAGCUUACCAUUUACAUGCCGCAAAGAGCUUCUCUCAUAAUAACUUUCCUUUAAUAACAAAGAGCAACUGCACUUUGAAAUUUUCUCUUGAGUGCUUCUCAUGCUUCUUUCCCUGGGAUACCUCUUCUGUGGGAAAGCUUAUCUCUUACAUUUUGUUUGUGCAUAUAGUCUAAACCUUAGACCUUUGUCAUUGAUCCACCUUGUAUGUUGCUAAUGAAUUAUUCUAUCGUGAUUGGCUAUUGGAAACACUGGUUCCAGAAUGCCAUGCGCUCUUUGGCCUAUGCAGUAGGAGUUUAGAUAAUUUAUUUGUCUUGCAGGUCAAGAGGACCACAUUACAUAAAUAAGUACUAUGCAACAUUCCCCAAACAUAUCUCACACCCUUAAAUUAUAAAGAAGGCAUGACAUGACCAAAUUCUUCUCUGGCAAAUUUAGCUUUAUAGCUUUAACUGGAACAGUGGAAAUACACUUCUGAGGACCCAUCUCUUGUAUCUAAGAUAAAGCAGUUAGGAGCUAUAGAGAAGUGUUAUUUGGUGAAUUUCCAUUGUGUAAGCAGCAGGCUGUGUUCCAAAUAACACAAGUUUUAUUAUGCAAUUUAAUUGUGCACAGAUACACGGCAUCAUUUCGCCCUCUGAUGCACGCACCAUAGGAUCUGGUAAGAGGAUCCAUGGAGAUUACAUCGAGCCUCUUGUUGUGAUCCUAUUAUCUAAAGUCGCCUGGCUGGUGUCACACGAUUCUUCUGUAAAGUAUAGUGUGCCUGUGAAAAAGGGGCAGGGAGCAAAGGCUGAUACAUAGAACAAUAUGACAACCAUUAGCUGCACAGGUUAUUUAAUUUAAUGCUGACAGUGUGAUCUUGCCAAAUAUCAUGGUUAUCUGACGGCCCUCUUACCCCCAUAUUUAAUAAAAAGGCACUAAGUUUGCCCAGGAGCAGUAACCCAUAGCAAUAGGAUGUUGGCUUUUAAACAGAUGACCAGAAAAUUCAACCUGCUGAUUGGUUGCUAUGGGUUACUGCUUCUGGGGAAACUUUUUUCCUUUUUAACAUAACCCCCGAAGGGUGUUAAUGCCCAUGUCAUAAUGUUUGUUGUAACACGAGCAAAGUUUGUUGUACUUACGCGUGAAUUAACAACACGCAUGACAGCUACGGAAAUCAUCCAUUACACAGAGAGGGAAUGACGUGUGUCUCUAUAUUAUGCCACCACAGACCUGGCGUAACCCAUGGGAGGCAGCAGGGCCUAUUCAGGGCAACAAAAGAAUUCUGCUUUUUACACUUCAUUUUUAAAGCCGAAACUUAUUUUUACACCAACAUUUUGCACAGUUUUAUAAUUAUGUGAUUUUAUGUGGUGUAAUGUGGGGUUAGAGUGGCAGUGUUUGGUGUAUUCUAAAGCCACUGAUUUUACACAACUUUAUUAAUAUGCCCCUUAAAGCGGCUGAUGGACUUUUUAGGUUCAAGCUCUCCUCAGAGGUCCAAUCUUUGGGUCAAAGCCCUGCUAAGGUUACAGAUACAGGAAAACAUUGGCAGAUCAGCCAUUUAACUGUAGUUCCAAGAAUAUCCAGGAGAGUGAAUAAGUAUUGACUUAUCCUAACUGACCUUCAAGCUAGGUGGCAAGUAGUUCUCCAUCCCAGGUGUAUCUAGAGAGCAAGUAGUUCUCCAUCCCAGGUAUAUCUAGUAGAGCAAGUAGUUCUCCAUCCCAGGUGUAUCUAGGAGAGCAAGUAGUUCUCCAUCCCAGGAGUAUCUAGAAGAGCAAGUAGUUCUCCAUCCCAGGUGUAUCUAGGAGAGCAAGUAGUUCUCCAUCCCAGGUAUAUCUAGAAGAGCAAGUAGGUCUCCAUCCCAGGUGUAUCUAGGAGAGCAAGUAGUUCUCCAUCCCAGGUAUAUCUAGAAGGGCAAGUAGUUCUCCAUCCCAGGUAUAUCUAGAAGAGCAAGUAGUUCUCCAUCCCAGGUGUAUCUAGGAGAGCAAGCAGUUCUCCAUCCCAGGAGUAUCUAGAAGAGCAAGUAGUUCUCCAUCCCAGGUGUAUCUAGGAGAGCAAGCAGUUCUCCAUCCCAGGAGUAUCUAGAAGAGCAAGUAGUUCUCCAUCCCAGGUGUAUCUAGGAGAGCAAGCAGUUCUCCAUCCCAGGAGUAUCUAGAAGAGCAAGUAGUUCUCCAUCCCAGGAGUAUCUAGAAGAGCAAGUAGUUCUCCAUCCCAGGUGUAUCUAGGAGAAGAAGUAGUUCUCUAUCUCAAAUCUCACCCUGGCAUUCUAGCUAAGUACCCCCAUGUCAGUGCUCUAGUCCCCAGGAGGCUAACCUAAUGGUUUGGGAACCACUGCCAUUUACCACUGCUAAGUUUACUGGGUUGGGAAGAAUUGAACCCAAGUUGCCUUGUAACUCCAAGCUUUUCAAACAUCUAUAACUGGGAGACAUAAUAGGCCAAAUAGAUAUUACAAGCUUAUCAGAAAUGAAACAAAUGCCGAUUUUCUGUUCUUUUCUAUAUGUAUAUAUUUGCCUACUGUGAUUUAUCACUUGAAGUCAUAUUAACUGAUGCCAUAUUGAAAAUGGAUAACCAUGCCUUCUUAGCUAUGUGUUCUUAAAUGUGUUGCCAUUUCCUGGUUUUAUUUUGCCUUUUUUCGUCCUAUGUUUUUAGAGCCAGGGACACCCAGAUUCUUUAGAGCCUUAGUCAAAAAGCAACCGUGGCCCAGAAGGGUCAGGAUGGAUUUUGCUGCUAUUCUUGCACGCAAAAGAAAAAGAGAUAUAUAUUUAAAAGUGUAUAUUUUUCCAUAAAUGUGGAAGCCAGAUAGAUUAUGCUUUAGUAGAGGAAUGUGAAAACUUGCAGUCUUCCAAGGGCUGGCAAAGCAUGCUGGGAAAUGUAGUUCAUGUAUGGAGAUCAGCAAGUUUGACAUCUCUGCAAGAUAGGAAUUCCAGUAGAGAGCUCGCUCUUAUGUAGUAAGGCUUCAUAUAUAUAUAUAUAUACAUAACCGCAGUAUAUUUUAUAUACAGCAAUCUUUUUUUAUAUAUAUAUUUGGGAAAAUACUUGACAAUUCUCACACAGACGAGAUUAUGAUGACUAAUAUAUAAAUACAUAUAUAUAUUUUUCCUUGUUUUGUUGUCUGUAUAAAUGUUGUUUGAAAUCUG